GCCCUUGCUGACACGACUGAUCAUGAAAUCUAUGUGACUUUGACGUGUUGCUACAAUGAGAAAUACGACAGUGUCAAGGGAUCAGUUGGCACUCAGCUUGUUGGUGAAAGGGUGAAAAUAAUUCUGGAUGAAGUUCGGGACUUAUCUCUUUUUACACGCAUCCAGGAACACUUUCAACCUGCUAUGGACGGGCUCGAAAACGAGGGUUACUCUGUUGUUGGAGAUGCUGUUCUGAAAGACUACAUAUUUGUCCACCUUGAUAGCAAUCAUGAAAAAUUCAAUCUGCUCAUGUUAGCUACUUUCCCUAAAUACCUUAGCUUCAUGCUGCAGAAGCUAUUUUCUCUUGUGGAUCAGACUUCUGUGCCUGACAACCCAGAUUCCUUGCAAAAUCAGGAAGUGUUGCUGCCUGGUCAUUUAAUUAUAAUUUAUGUCAAGGAAAAGCUACAAGAUUGGCUGCUCAAGGUGAGACGUCUACUUCAGGAUGAAAUCAAUAGCAAGAGCAAGAAAUUCGAAUUCAACAGCUGUAUGCUUUACCCUUCCUCUCAUAUAUUUGGUGAAACAGAUUAG